ACAGAGCGGGCCGAAGCCGGUGGGAGUCCCGAGCGGGUCGGGCGAGGGCGGCUGUCGGGACAGGUACGCGCGGGGGCGGCGGUGAGGGGCGGGCUCCAGCCGCCGAGACGCGCCGGGGACCGGGCUGCGGCAGGCUCCAGUGCAGCAUCCAGAGCGAUGGCUGCACCCCGAGGCGCCUCGGAGGGAGGGUCCCGGGGUCCCGGCGACUCUUCGCCGGAGCCCAGGCCGCUGCCGGAGCUCAUCCGCCUGAAGCGCGACGGCGGCCGCCUGAGCGAGGUGGACAUCCGGAGCUUCGUGCGCGCAGUGGUGGACGGGAGCGCGCAGGGCCCGCAAAUCGGGGCCAUGCUCAUGGCCAUCCGGCUGCGAGGCAUGGAUAUGACGGAGACGGAGGUGCUGACUCGAGCACUGGCCAACUCGGGGCAGCAGCUACAGUGGCCUGAGACCUGGCACCAGCAGCUGGUGGACAAACACUCCACAGGGGGCGUGGGGGACAAGGUCAGCCUGGUCCUGGCGCCUGCCCUAGCGGCCUGUGGCUGCAAGGUCCCAAUGAUCAGUGGCCGUGGUCUGGGGCACACCGGGGGCACCCUGGAUAAGCUGGAGUCGAUUCCUGGAUUCACGGUCCUUCAGAGCCCAGAGCAGAUGCAAGAGAUGCUGGAGCACGUGGGCUGCUGCAUUGUGGGUCAGAGCCAGCAGCUGGUCCCUGCAGACGGUCUCCUGUAUGCAGCCAGAGACGUGACAGCCACCAUCGACAGCCUGCCCCUCAUCACAGCCUCCAUCCUCAGCAAGAAGGUGGUGGAGAGGCUGUCGGCGCUGGUGGUGGAUGUGAAGUUUGGAGAGGCUGCGUUCUUCCCCACCCAGGCCCAGGCCCGGGAACUGGCUGAAGCACUGGUGGGCGUGGGGGCGGGCCUGGGGCUGCGCGUCGCGGCUGCCCUCACCGCCAUGGACGGCCCUCUGGGCCGCUGCGUGGGCAACUCGCUGGAGGUGGAAGAGGCGCUGCUCGCCAUGGACGGCGCGGGGCCACCAGACCUGCGGGACCUGGUCGUGAGGCUCGGGGGCGCUCUGCUGUGGCUUGGCGGGCAGGCGCAGACCCAGGACGCCGGCGCCGAGCGCGUGGCCGCUGCGCUGGACGACGGCUCGGCCCGGGCACGCUUCGAGCGGAUGCUCGUGGCUCAGGGCGUGGACCCGGGCCUGGCCCAGGCCCUGUGCGGCGGGAGCCCCGCGCAGCGUCGGCAGCUGCUGCCUCGCGCCCAGGUGCAGGAGGAGCUGCGCGCGCCCGUGGACGGCACCGUGGAGCUGGUCCGGGCGCUGCCCCUGGCGCGCGUACUGCACGAGCUCGGGGCCGGGCGCAGCCGCGCCGGGGAGUCGCUCCGGCCAGGCGUGGGCGCCGAGCUGCUGGUGGACGUGGGCCAGAGAGUGAGCCGCGGGACGCCCUGGCUCCGCGUGCACCUGGACGCGCCCGCGCUCAGCGACCCGCAGCGCCGCGCCCUGCAGGAGGCGCUCGUGCUCUCGAGCCGCGCGCCCUUCGCCGCCCCGUCGCCCUUCGCCGAGCUGGUGCUGCCGCCGCCCGCGCCUGCGCAGCACUAAAGCCCGCGAGCCGCCGCCGCGCCCGGGCGCCCGUGGGCGGGGCCUCGCGGGCGCCGGAAGCGCCGGCCCGCGCGCCGGAAGCCCCGCCCCGCCCGCCCGCGCACGCGCGCU